UUGUGAAAAAGCUCCCCCCUGGAAAAAAGCUCCCUUUCCUGGUAAAAGCUGGCUACGGGCAAGUGUAACUUAUACGGACCGAGAGAAACUUUCUAGAAGUUGAAAUAAACCGGCCCUCAUAGGCCAUCGUGGAUGGAAUUCACCCGGAAAUGACGUCAUUUUAAUGAGGGUGUUUCCGGACUAACAGACAAAAAUGGCAAAAACUUAUGAUUAUUUGUUUAAAUUGCUUCUCAUAGGUGAUUCGGGUGUUGGUAAAACUUGUGUGUUAUUUAGAUUCUCAGAAGAUGCAUUCAACUCCACUUUUAUAUCAACGAUAGGAAUAGAUUUCAAGAUAAGAACCAUAGAGUUAGAAGGAAAGAAAAUUAAGUUACAAAUAUGGGAUACAGCUGGUCAGGAAAGGUUCCGCACUAUCACUACAGCUUACUACAGAGGGGCAAUGGGUAUAAUGCUGGUAUACGAUAUCACAAAUGACAAAUCUUUUGAAAACAUAAAAAAUUGGAUCAGGAAUAUUGAAGAGCACGCAUCAUCAGAUGUUGAGAAGAUGAUUCUUGGUAACAAAUGCGACAUGAAUGACAGGCGGCAGGUCUCUAAAGAUAAAGGGGAACAGUUAGCGAUAUCUUUUGGUGUAAAAUUCAUGGAAACAAGUGCAAAAGCGAGUAUCAAUGUAGAAGAGGCAUUCUUAACCCUUGCCAGAGAUAUAAAAGCAAAAAUGGAUAGAAAAUUGGAUGCCACCGGACAAAAUAAUAAAAAUCAAGGACAACAACUAAAAAAAUCAGACGGUAAAAAGCGAAGUGGUUGGAAGUGUCAAAUACUGUGAUCCUAUCACAGGCAUCAACUUGAUCACUGUAAUAAAUAAUCACCAUAUUUGGAGUUGUGAUGAUGUAAUACACAGACAUACAGACAUGGGUAUGGAUUAAGUGUAUUAUUUGUGUACAUAGCGGCAGUGAACAACUUGGAGCAAUAUUUCAAGUAGCCAUGAUGGAGCCAUUAAAGAAUUUUUGAUCAACAUUAAUGGAACAAAAAUACUUGUUAAACAAUGGUUUAAUCACGUAAGGAGUGCAAUGAGGGGACAGAAAAUGCCAUUAUUGUAGCUAUACACUAAAUCUACAAUGACUGACUGUGAAGGAUUGAUUCAUAGAUUCUGAUAAUCUAUCAUUCAAAAUCAGAUCCGUAAUUAUUUGUUUUCACACAAUAAUAUAAGCAUUUUAUAAAAUUGAAAAUUAGGUUUGUAUUGUACAUGAAUUCAAAAAUUACAAAUAUUUCUGACAGUGCAAAAGCAAGGAGAAUUGGCAGCUAGAAUGCAACAUCGAUAUUUUUCAACAAAGCUUGCGCCAUUGACUGACAUUUAUCUGGCUAUAAAUUCACAAUCAGCAAUCAAAAGAUUUGAACUAAUAUCUUGAUCACUUCUUGUGUUUGACAUUUUUUGUUAAGUAAUAAGUAA